UUUUCUCAUCUGUGGAGUGGGCGCUACCACAGCUCUGUGGGCUGUGAUGAUAAAGGGGCUACUGUCGCAGGCUCAGAAGCCACUGCCUGGUGUAUGCUCUGGCCAGGGUUCUAGGUGAGGCAUCCAGAGUCCCGUAAAUGGGUCAUCUGGUGCCGUACUGAAGGGCCAGCCCCUGGCUGGGUGGACUCAUCCGUUUGACAGCCUCAAAGAGCAGGUGCUAACCUGGCCCAUUCAGCAAUGAGGAAGCCAAGGCCCAGAGAGAUGAAGUCACUGACCCACAGUGACACAACCGGGCCACAGAGAGCGAGCAGACUGUCGGCCUGGUAUGCUGUCUCCUCCCUCCCGGAAGAGGUGCCCAGAAACCUAGUGUGAGGACUGCUGCCGGCUCUCCACCCCUUCCCGGGUUCAUUCUGUCAGGGGCACCCAGUCCUAGACAGCAGCAGGCCAGGCACCUGCCCAAAGGGCGGGGACGCUCGCAGGAGAACCGGCCGGGCGGGCACCUCUGGGCUCCAGCCAGGCCUGCGUGGGGCCACGGGCAGGGAGCUGGGGCCGCCGGGCCACCACCAGGAACGGGCCACGGACGUCACGGCCCGCCAUGCAGAAGAACUACAAUGUCCACUUCACCAAGAGUGCCCGGACCCCCAAUGAACAAUAUUUUUUGGAUUCUCAGUUGGGGCACCAAAAAGGAUGCUGUCGUCAGUGGUACCAGGACCCGGUGGCCCCUCACUGUGGGCCCUGUCAGCUGUCCCCCCAGGCUCACUGGCAGCAGGCCUACCGUAGCCACAGGGGUGGCAGCGGCUGUCGCCGGUGUCCCCAGCCCCUCACUCCGCAGCGACAGCGGCAGCAGCAGCAGCGACAACCCCCAUCCCUCCCUCCCAGCCCGCUGCGGCAGCGGCAGCGACUCGGGCCAGUUCGCGGGGCCCAGAAGGGCUCACCUGCGAUCGCCGCUGUCCACAUGGGACCAGCCAGCGCCCCUCAGCACGCCACCUCCUCACCCACAGCAGUAUCAGCGGCAGCGAGCCGCGGCCCAGCCCUGCCCUCUGCAGCCGGCGCCCUCCUGGAGCCGAGCGAGCCUACCGAGGCCCGGCCCCUGCCUGCGCCAGCAGCCUGUGGCUCCUUCACCUCCUACAGCGCCGACAUCCUGACAGAAGAUGAUGUCUACUGCAGCUGUCUGGCUAAAACUUUGUGCCACGUGCCCGUCCCCGUGACGGUGGGUUUCUACGCUCCCUUCGGCUGCCGUCUUCACAUGAUGUUGGACAAAAUCAUGACGCUGAUGCAGCAGGAGGCGGCGCAGCGCGAGAGCGAGGAGCUGCAGCGCGUGCAGUGGCGGCCGCGGCGCGUGCGCGGCUGGGGCGUCCCGCAGCUGCUGUGGUUCCUGGUGUUCCUGCAGCCGGUGAUCACCGAGCUGCACCUGCGGCGCAGGAACGUGCGCUUCCUGUUCAUCCGCUUCAGCGCCUGGCAGUACGCGGGCACCGACAAGCUGUGGGCGGGGCUGGUGACCACGCUGUGCGAGGGCAUCCGCCGCCACUACGGCGCGCUGCCCUUCAGCGUGUACUCGGUGCUGGGCAACAAGCCCGGGGGCCCGCGCGAGGGCUCCUGCCACCGCGAGUGGCACUGCCGCCGCCGCGUGUGCCUGGCGCUGCUGGCGCUGCUGGCCGCGCUCUGCCUGGGCGUGGGGCUGCUCUACCUGUCGCUGGGGGGCCACGCGCCGGGCCACGCGGGCCGCGGCAUGCUCAAGGCGCUGGGCGGCGCGGCCACCACGCUGUCGGGCUCCGGGCUGCUCAUGGCCGUGUACUCCGUGGGCAAGCACCUGUUCGUGAGCCAGCGCAAGAAGAUCGAGCGCCUGGUGUCGCGGGAGAAGUUCGGCAGCCAGCUGGGCUUCAUGUGCGAGGUGAAGAAGGAAGUGGAGCUGCUCACCGACUUCCUGUGCUUCCUGGAGAUCUACCAGCGCCGCCGGCUGCGCGUGGUCCUCGAGGUCACCGGGCUGGACACGUGCUACCCGGAGCGCGUGGUGGGCGUGCUGAACGCCAUCAACACCCUGCUGUCCGACAGCCACGCGCCCUUCAUCUUCAUCCUGGUGGUGGACCCCAGCAUCCUAGCUGCGUGCCUGGAGAGCGCGGGCAACAUGAAGGGCACCGCGGACAACGGCUACCUGUUCCUCAACCGCACCGUCACGCUGCCCUUCUCCGUGCCGGUCAUGGGCCGCCGCACCAAGCUGCGGUUCCUCCACGACGCGGUGCGCAGCCGCGACGACCUGCUCUUCCGGGAGCUCUCGGUCCAGCUUCCGCCGACGCCGCAGGGCCCCGGGGGCUCGGGCGAGGGCGCGCAGCUGCUGGCGGUGGAGACGAGCGCGGAGGCCGGGCGCGCGCAGGGGCGCGUGGACGCGGAGGCGGCGCGGCGCAUCCAGGAGGCGCUGGGCUGCCUGCACGACGAGCACGACUGCCUGUACGAGUACGUGCCCGACAACGUGGUGUCCAUGCGGCGCAUCGUCAACACGGUGCCCAUCACCGUGCGCCUGCUGCAGCAGCAGCAGCAGCAGCAGCCCGACCGCGUGGGGCCUACGCCGCGCCACGCCGUGGCCUGGGUCGUUCUCGCCAACCAGUGGCCCUGCCGCCUCAGCUGGGUGCUGCAGUGCCUAGAGGACCGGCAGCAGGCGGGGGGCGCGCCCGAGGGCCGCGCGCGCCUCUGGGACGUCUUCUGCGACAACAGUCGCGAGCUGCACACCAUGACCAAGGCCCUGCAGAACGUGCUGGACCUGGACGGCGACCCCGAGCUUUUCGAGCGCUUCCUGGGCACUGAUUUCCCCUUCACCGUGGCCGAGGCGCAGAGUCUGCUGCGCUGCACGGUCAACCUGGACCAUUCCAUCCGCCGCCGCAUGGGCCUCAUCCGGGCCGUCAGCGCGCUCAAGCCGCCCAGCCCACCCAAGUCCCCAUCCCGGGAGGAGCCCCAGGCCAGCCCCGGAGCCAGUAACGCGGCCGGGAUGUCCCAGGGGGGCCAUGGGCCGGGACACAGUAGGGCGCAGCACACCCGGGCACGGACCCGCGGGGGAAAGCCAAGGCCGCUGGCCUAGGUCCUUUCAUUUCAGGGCUGUAGAGGCUGGGUGUGGGGUGGAGAGCCCCAGCUGACAGCAGCUUCCCGCCUACCCUGAUGAAGCUGGAAGGGCACAGCUGAGCCCAUACACCCUGAGGACCCUGGAAGCCACAGGGCGGGAGGGGGUAGCCUCCUGGAGUGGGCAGCUGCCACAGCAGUGCCCGAGUGGACGGAGGGCGCAGUGAGGAACACGCAGUCAAAAAAGCCAUAAAGGCAGCUGAGGAAAGCCGGCCCCGGCUUUCAUGUCCUGGAUUGCUGGCUAGGUGAGGAUGCCACCUGCCCCACCCACUUCUUCCUCAGAGAGCCAGGCCUCCGGACUGCAUCCUGGCAACUGAAGCUGGCAUCCCGGGUGGUAGGAGGCUUGCGGGGGUGAUGGGUGAGGCUGCGGGGGCAGAGGAGAUGAAGGACAGACGCCAAGUUGACUCAGGCAGAGGGGAGCACCCAGGCCUCAGGGGAUCCUGGGCCUUUGUCUCCACACCCUAGCCUGCCCUCUGUGGGCAGGGCAGGAGCUGGCAUUUCCCAGGGCGGUGCCUGUGACCUCACCAGGUGGCUCCACCCCUCAGCAUGGGUGUUAAUUAGGCCUCCUCGGCCACAUGGGUGGGAGUAGCACUGUCUUCCCCAGAUAGGCAGGUAACUGUCCAAGAUGAACUGUUGAAGAGUUGAAGUGACUUGUUUUACUAGUCACUCCAGAGCCGCAGGCUGGGGCUGCGCACUGACUGUGUAGCCACCUCACCAGCAGGGAGGGUGAGGAACAAGGAUUGGGACAUAAGGGGAAUGCAGAGUCAGGGCAAAGCCAGGCAGGAUGGUACCAACUGUGGCAGGGCCGGCCCUUCCCGGCUAGCAUGGUCAGAGACCAGGGUGGGUGUCACUCCUGUGGGUGGUGCCUGAGUCUCCAAGAGUCAAACAUACAAUCACAUGCUCAGACCAGGGUCCCUCAUUCACUCACUGUUGUGUGGUGUGGAAGGAGCAACAGAGCUCAGUACUAAAUUAGAGACCUGAGAUCAAGGGUAUGUCUUCCUGUUUUGUGGUGCUGUGGAUUUAAUAAUCUGCUGCCUCUAGACCAGCAUUCUGCUACAGAGCCAUGCCCCCAGCCCCUCACUGGGGGAUUCUAGGCAGGGGCUCUAGCACUGAGCCACACCCCAGCCCCUCACUGGGGGAUUCUAGGCAGGAGCUCUACCACUGAGCCAUACUCCAGCCCCUCACUGGGAGAUUCUAAGCAGGAGCUCUACCACUGAGCCACACCCCCAGCCCCUCAUUGGGGGAUUCUAGGCAGGGGCUCUACCAUUGAGCCACACCCCAGCCCCUCACUGGGGGGUUCUAGGCAGGGGCUCUACCACUGAGCCACACCCCAGCCCCUCACUGGGGGGUUCUGGGCAGGGGCUCUACCACUGAGCCACACCCCAGCCCCUCACUAGGGGAUUCUAGGCAGGUGUUCUACCACUGAACCACACCCCCCAGACCCUCACUGGGGAAUUCUAGGCCCUACUGCUGAGUUAUACCCAUGACCAAACCAGUGACUUCUGAGCUAGGACCCUGAAGACAGUACCCCUCACCCACCAAGAACUCUCCAAAGUCAUCCACUGUCAGGUUUGUUAGUUGCUGUUAUUGGCUUUCCUGUUCCUUAGGUCUCAGGUUUAAGCCUAUCACAUACUGCCUUGGUCUCUAAUGACUGAUUCACAGGUCAGACGGUUCCUAUAACUGCCAGGAAAUGUAUCUUUUAGCCUUGGUGUGCCUAAGUUCAUGUUUGGAGUUUCAUAGUGCUGGGAUGGCAGCUCAAACCUUUCAUUCCAGGACUCCAGAAGGAAGCAGAGGCAGACAGAUUUCCAAGUCAGCCUGGCUUACAGAGUGAGUUCCAAGCUAGCCAGAGCUACAUAGUGAGAUUCUACCAGAGGAGGAGGAGGAAGAAGAGAAAACAAAUAUAUUUUAAAAGAUGGUUCCAAGGUCAGUCAGCCCAUAAAGGAGUUUUCUUCCAGGUCUGACAACCAGAAUUAGGCCCCUAGGACUCACAGAGUAGAAAGAGAACGGGUUCCCACAAGCUGUCCUCUGACCUCCACAAAUGCACACACACAGAAGCGCGCCGUGGGGAUGGCUGAUGGUGGUUAGGAGCCCUUGCUGCCCUUGCACAGGAUCCAUCUCUGAUUCCCAAAACCCAGCUCAGGAGGUGCCAAAUGCCUCUAACUUCAGCUCCAGGAAAUCCUGUGCUCUCCACGCUCUCUUUUGGCCCCUGUGGUCACCCACUGCUUUCACAUGAAUAAACCCACACGCACACGAUUAAAAAUACGAUUAGGAA